AUCCUCGCUUCAAAUAGACAAAUGACAACCUGAACUGAAAGACUCUAGAUUUUCUAAGUACACUUGCAAACAAUUUAGAAAUGGCAUCGCGUGUGCUGUCCACGGCCUUGCUGACUCCUCCGGAAUUCAUCAAACCCUCUUCAAGCUGCUCCUUUUGUUUGCCCUCAAAAAGAGUUUUGAUUAAUUCCAAUAGAAGUUUGAAGUGCAAAGCGGUUGGUGAAAGCUCUCAGGGCUCUUUUGAUCAGACGGUUUACAACGGUGUUUAUGGCCCUUGGACUGUUGAAUCCUCCGAUGUGAGAGAGGUGAUUUUGUAUCGGUCAGGACUCGUAACUGGUGCUGCAUCAUUUGUGGUUGCAGCGUCAGCUGCCUUCUUACCCGCUGACUCAUUGUUGAGUGAAAUGAUCAAGCAAAAUCUUGACUUGUUUUACAUGCUAGGAGCUGGCGGGCUAGGCCUAUCAUUAGUUUUGAUUCACAUCUAUGUGACUGAGAUUAAGCGCACCCUUCAGGCACUCUGGGCACUUGGUGUUGUUGGAUCUUUGGCAACGUAUACAGCACUUGCUCGACCUGCUGGUGAAAAUUUGGUGCAAUAUGUUAUAGAUAACCCAACUGCUGUCUGGUUUGUCGGUCCUCUCUUUGCUGCUCUAACAGGACUUGUCUUCAAAGAAGGCCUCUGCUACGGAAAGCUAGAAGCUGGAAUUCUUACAUUCAUUAUACCAACAGUACUUCUGGGUCACCUGACUGGGUUGAUGGAUGAUGGCAUAAAACUUACUCUUCUAGGCUCAUGGAUGGCACUCUUUGUCAUAUUUGCUGGAAGAAAGUUUACGCAGCCUAUUAAGGAUGACAUCGGUGACAAAUCUGUCUUCACAUUCAAUUCUCUCUCAGAGGAUGAAAAGAAGGCCUUGGUUGAGAAGUUUGAGCAGCAAAAGUACAGUGAGAAACUUAAUAACUGAUUGAGUGCGAAAACACAAACCCUAUAUUGUGAAUAUUUUUGCUACAUUUAGGGACAAGUUUGAGGAACUCUUGGAACUUGUUCUGUGAAUACAACAUAAUGUUGCUGAUUUUUGUGAUAUUUUCUGUUGAGUCUUCACAUCUGCAAGUUCUGUAGAAAGAAUUCUUAAGAUAUUAUAAGUGCAAUUUUGUCUUGUAUAAAAGCAAAUGCAAUUGAAUUCCCCAAA